AUGGUUGAAACGCUGAAAAAUCCACGUCUGAAAAUCGAGGAAGCCGAGAGCUCGCAUCUCGAGCUCAACCGGUUAUAUGGGAUAACGAAGGAGAAAGUGGAAGCUGUGAAAAUUGGAAACUCAUCGAACGACUCGAAACAGCUGAAAAACGACGUCAAGGAGGCGCAACGUCUUCUGCGAACGAUGCAGACGAAAAUUUCGCAUCUGAAGACGUUGGCGAAAGAAAUUCCCUCGCUUAGCGAUCGAAAAAUCAUUGAAAUCCACGUGUUGAGCCACGAAAAACAGAUGGUACAUCUUCAGAAAAAGCUGAAAGAGGGCGCAGACGACGUUGGCAAAGAUAUAGCCGCCGAUGAGCGACGAUCGUUGUUGAUGACGCGCGAUGGGAAGAUGGCGACGGGAAAUAUCAAAAUAACCAGUCAUGAAGAGAGAGCCACACGUCUUCAAGACCUCGUCGCGCGGAUGUCACAGCAAGUCGAUAGUGGAGAGCAAGCGAUGAGCUCGCUGGUACACUCCUCUUCGGUUUUAGGGCAGACACAAGCGGAAUAUGAUAAUCAGAAAGGGCAUAUAAUGAUGACGUCCACGCCUUCAGAAAAGUCAAUGGUAGAGCUGGUCCAUGAGCUCGCGGGACUUCUCCGUGAAACAAAAGAUGACGAAGCGAAACGUCUUCUGACACGUCAUCCGAAUCUCGUAGGCUUUAAAGACGAUUCUGGAAGAUCUACAGUACACUUCGCGGCGGUCGGAGGCAGUUUGCCACUUCUACAGUUUGCAAUUCUCAAUGAUUCUGAGAUGGCUGACAAGGAAGAUGAUCUCGGUUGGACCCCUCUGAUGAUUGCCAGCUCUGCUGGACGUGUGGAAGUCGUACGGUACCUCCUAGGCCUCUCAAAUGUCAAUGCGGCCCAUACCAACUCGAAUCGUCAGAGUAGUCUUCAUUAUGCUUGCAGUAAAAACCAUGUGGAAAUUGCAAAAUUGCUCAUUGAGGCUGCUCCGGAGGCCGUAAACUUGCCUGAUAAGUUUGGAGCAACUGCGCUCCAUCGAGCGUCUUCUCGGGGCAAUGAUGUGAUUGUUAGAGCGCUGAUUGGCAGUGGAAAGUGUAGUUUGGACAGGCAGGAUAGCGAAGGGAACACUGCACUGUUAGUGGUUCAAAUAUUCUGA